AUGUUUCGGAUAUUUUCAUUUUGCUUCGUAUUCUUUUUCUUCUCGUUUAUACAACUUUCAAAUUUACAAACAGUUUCGCCAUCAGAACAUGAAUGGGAUUACGCUCGAGAAGGGCCGGAUACUUGGCUUCAUCGGUAUGAAUCGUGUGAAGGCGAAGCUCAAUCUCCAAUCAACAUCCGAACGUCACAGGUGAAAUUCGAUCCAAAACUCACUUCACCGUUGGUUUUCAAUGGUUACAAUUCAAAUUCUACUGUAUUAGUUUGGAAUUUUACUCAUAAUGGACAUACAAUCGUUGCGUAUCCACCACCGUUAGCUCGUUUAUCAAUGAGUGGAGGUGGUUUGCUAGGUGAAUAUUAUUUAAUACAGUUUCAUUUUCAUUGGGGUUACAACGCUUUCCAAGGCUCGGAACAUACAAUUAAUGAGCAAAAAUUUCCACUUGAAGUCCAUUUUGUACAUCGAGCAGCGUUUACAAAUUCUUACGCUGUUCUCGGUAUUCUGUUUGAGCGUCAAAGAGAUGAUAAUCCAUAUUUAUAUGAGCUACUAUCGAUUCUUAAUCGAACUGUGAACAGUUCAAUUGCAGUUGAACAUCAACUUAAUUUGUCUCGCAUCAUUCCGACAGCAUCGUCGCCAAAGUUUUAUCGUUACAAUGGUUCGUUUACAACUCCACCAUGUACAGAAGGUGUUAUAUGGACGAUACUGAAACGACCGGUGUCGAUUUCUGAAUAUCAACUUCACGCAUUGCUGAGUAAUGCGAUUCCAUUUAAUUUCCGACCGCCACAAAAAUUAUAUUCCCGAAAAGUUUACACGAAUUUUCAAGGAGACGAUCAUGAAGGUACUGAAGAAGGAGAAGGCGAAGGUCAUGGCGGACAUCAUUCUUCAGCAUCAACAUGCAUUGGUCAAUUAUUUCUCAUAUUCAUCAGUCUACUAGUUUAUUUUUUUCGGAUACAGUAA